AUGGACGACAUUUUCCAUCAGUUCUUCGGCACCCACGGUAAUUUUAAUCACUUCUUUAAUAACUCUGACGACGACGAUGAUGAUGAUGAUGAUGAUAUUCGUAUGAUGUGGAGAGGCAUCAGUAGUAGGCAUCGAAUGGGAGGUUUCAACUGUAAUCACAAACACUAUCACAGGGGGGGAAGGCAUCAUCAUCAUCAUCAUCAUCAUCAUCAUCAUCAUCAGGAUCCUCCAAUCUACCGGGACCUGUACGUGACUCUCGAAGAAAUAGCUCAAGGAGUAAUCAAAAAGAUGAAAAUCACGCGGAGUGUGUUUAGCGAUGAUGGAAAAUAUACCACCAGGAGAGAAGAGAAAAUAUUGAGCAUUAACAUUAUGCCCGGUACAAAGGAUGGUUUUGAGAUCAAAUUCGAAAGAAUGGGAGACGAGUCGCCUGGCAAGGUCCCGGCUGAUAUCAUUUUCGUUAUUAGGGAAAAGCCUCACCCGCAUAAGAGAGACGAUACUAAUUUGAUCUAUUCGGUCAAAAUCCCCCUCAGAGACGCCUGGUGUGGUACCAGCGUGUCUGUCCCUACUCUGGAAGGCCAAAGGGUCACACUCGAUGUCAAAAAUAUAAUUAUCACACCUCAGACGAAGAAGAUACUCUCAGGAUAUGGUCUACCUUUUCUUGACAACCCUUCCAGAAAGGGAAAUAUCAUUGUUCAUUUUGACAUCCAAAUUCCAGAUUUAUUGCUAGAAAACGUCAGAAAUAAUCUUUUCAAAUUAUUGCCGAUAGUCGUUAAUGCAUCAUUAUUAUUAUUUAAAAUAAUAAUAAUAAUAAUAAUGAAAUUUAUCACGUUCCCAAACACCAGAGAGUCUUAAAGGAUCGAAAAAAUAAUAAUUCUCUCUCUCUCUUUCUACUUGUCUCGUGAGAAAAUUCUUGUUCUUUUUUUUUAAAAUCAAUUUU